GGCGGCCAGGGCCAGGGAGGCAGCUUCGGCGCGGCGCAGGCCGCAGCGCGCUUGCUAUUUUUCCGCCGGCCCCUUGGCCCUCGCCUUGCUCCUCUUCUUUAUUAUACGCGCCACCACACGCAUCGCGUCCGCCUCCCACCACCUCGCCAUUCUCCCCCUCCCGCGCCCCGAGAAGCGCUGCGGGCCUCACCUGCCCGUCCUCCUGCCUCUCAGGAACCGCGGUUCAGGAAGGAAGGGAAGGCAAGUGCCUGCCGGGGCUCAGCACCGAUGGCGUACAGGGCGGAGGACGACUACGACUACCUCUUCAAGGUCGUUCUCAUCGGCGACUCUGGCGUCGGCAAAUCCAACCUGCUCUCCAGGUUCACGCGCAACGAGUUCAGCCUAGAGUCCAAGUCCACCAUCGGGGUCGAGUUUGCUACCAGGAGCAUCAGGGUCGACGACAAGGUCGUCAAGGCCCAGAUCUGGGACACUGCUGGCCAGGAGAGGUAUCGGGCAAUUACAAGUGCGUACUAUAGAGGGGCUGUUGGAGCACUUGUCGUGUAUGAUGUGACACGCCAUGUGACCUUUGAGAAUGUGGAGAGGUGGUUAAAGGAGCUCCGGGAUCACACUGAUGCAAACAUUGUCAUCAUGCUUGUUGGCAACAAAGCUGAUCUGCGACACCUUAGAGCUGUAUCCGUGGAGGAUGCCAAGGGCUUCGCCGAGAGGGAAAGCACAUUCUUCAUGGAAACAUCCGCACUGGAGUCCAUGAAUGUCGAGAGCGCUUUCACCGAGGUCCUAACUCAGAUCUAUCGUGUGGUCAGCAAGAAGGCCCUUGACAUUGGCGAUGACCCCGCUGCUCCACCAAGAGGGCAAACCAUCAACGUUGGUGGCAAGGAUGAUGUCUCUGCUGUGAAGAAGUCAGGGUGCUGUUCAUCCUAAAUCACUUAUGACCAUGAAAAGGAACCAUAUACUCUCCGAUCAUAUGAUUGGUAACUGAAAAUAGGACUCUCUUGUGCUUCCUAACCUGUUGGUUAUGAGAUUAUGUUGGUGCUCCAGAGAAAUGAUUAGAUGUUAAGAAUUUGAUUCCAAGCU